ACAAAGCCCCGACUGCAGAAGUGAAACGCUGUCUUCUUCCUGGCGCACGUGUAUGUGUGUCUGUGUGUCUGUGUAUGUGUCUACUCAAACAAAGCAUAUCCUCCUUAGCUCCAGACCUGCACAAAACGUCCUCAGGUGGGCAAGACGAUCGAGUCACAGCGCAACCUUUUGUGUGUACCUGUUUAUUCUUCACGCGUAAUGGGCGUUCUGACAUGAACCUGCGGCGAGAGAGGGAUCUACCUAGCCUACCUGUGCAUCUCUGACUUCAUACUACCAACCAGAUCCAGUGUCCGACGGUUGACAUCAUGUUCCGACCAGUCAUAGUCCUCAUCGUCUUGCUGGGCUACUUUGGCCACCUCCGGGGUCAGGGGAAGUUUUCUUGGAUGCGCUACGACCGCUUUGAUGAGGUUAACGAUCACUUGAAGACGGUGGACGCGCAAAACUGUCGGUCUAAGUCCAAGAGGGACCUUGUGCUGCGGCCAGACACGGUGGCGCAGCUUCCGGUCUACAAUGAACUGCUGGACCGGGUGUGGUACAAGAACCGGUCCACCCUGAUUCAUUUGCAUAACAUGGCCCUAAACCGUGCAAUGUUCUACAGCUACAUCCUGCAGAAGAUGAACGACUCAGCCUCCUUCUAUCUGCAGCCUAAUUGGUUGUACAUGUACAUGUCAGUGACAGCUGAUGUCAACGCUAAUCCAUCCAUGGUCAACGGCAGUGCCAUCUACUUUGAUACAAACUGCCACUAUCCUAACUGGUACACGACUGUAAACUUUAACAAGACGCUGCCUCUUUUCGGACCGAAGGCCUGGCGCCAUGAUGACUACCAAGACCAGGACAACAUUCUGCGCGAGCCCACCCACCGGGUGGUGGAGGUGGCGGACUUGGGGGCAGGCAAAAACCUCAAUUACACGAGUCGGCUGUUCAAGAUGAACCCUUGGUACUCCAAAUGGCUCCCUGACCUCAGCGGGGCUUUGGAUUCCUUGACCAAGUUUACCUACUAUGUCGGUAUCAAGUACAGCAACGAAACAGGAAGGUUCAUCAACGACGAGUUUCACGCGUACAACUUUUUUGGUCCCUCCAUGCCCUCGGCAGAAGAGAAGGACGAGCGCUUGCUCCCGGUGGUCUUCACACAACCUUACUUCGACUGUGGCGCCUCCAACAAGUGGGUCGUGUCCACCGUCUCUCCCAUUGUUGACUACAUGCCGCGAUACUCCAACUGGACUCACCUCAGGCGCCAGAGGUAUGUAGGCGUUGUUGUCAUGGAUACCUAUUUCAUGCAUCUGGACUUCAAUGCUUGUGGCGUGAGCGCCGGCAACCCUGGUCCUUCGUACCUGUCGGGUACUCAUCGCUGUCGUCCAACAACAGGGUGCAAGCACAAAAUGGGGUACGGUUUCCGACGUGGCGGGUACAUCUGCCACUGUGCACCCGGCAGGCGCUACCCUUGGUCUAUAGAUCUACCUUACCAAGGUGACAACAUCGAACAAGCUACUGAAGAGGAAUAUCGCAACGGAUUUACGUGUACCCCAGUUAAUUUUCGACAAGUACUUCCGAUGGUGGAGAGACUGAACAGCAGCGAUGUUGACGAUGACGUUUAUACAAACAUCGUGAAUAGGAUGAGUACGAAUUCACGGAAUAAACGAUCUGUCAGCACAACAUCUCACUUCAGAAAAAGCUCUGCAGGGAGCUCUCAUGCCACAAGUACGAUCGCCAUCGAUUCUAAAAACAAAAAGCGCAGCAAGAGAUCCACCAUCUAUCAAAGCAGCCAGGAGGAUCCCGAAGACAAGGACGACAAACCUGAGCUGGGGUCUGAUAACUCCGAGGACGAUCCCGAUGUGCGGCCACCGGUGGAGAUCCCUCGUGGAAUGCACGUGGACUGCCAGGCUACGCAUGACCAGAAGCCAGUAUCACGUGAUCAGCUCCUGGCCGCCCAGCAGCGUCGUCAGGGUCAAGCGGCGCAGCAGAAGAAGAUAAAAGAGACAACUGCAGCCCCUACUCCUGCCUCCUUACCGAAGGACAGACGAAAAAGAGCAGCGGUCUUUGAUGAACAGGCAUUUGAUCGCGUGAUGAGAAUAUUCCGACAAAAGGAGAUGGUUACCAAGGACAACUGCUACACUAUGCCCCGUCACAACCUCCUCCUCGCUGGAGACGUCGCAUACGGCGCCAACAAGCAGUUUGAACCGGAAGCUCGUACAGCUUUGCGCCUUUCCCACUUCCUGUCCAACUUUUUACAGAACAGCGGUCCCAUGGAGAAUUUCGGACACCUGCGUGGAGGGGGACGUCUACACGUGGAACAUGUCUUCGGAGAGGUCGUCGCUAACGUCAUGGGCAACCACAAAAUCAAAUCCUGCGGUGUCUUCUUUGACCGCUACAAGUUUGAAAACCAGGACGGGUCUGCAAGGGAGUUUUUUGGACCCUGGGCAUUUCGUGGGUUAGGAACCUACAAAGCCAUUGACAUGGCGGGCAUGAGCAGUCGGUAUGUGAACGAGGACUGGUUCCUGAGCGUCAAAAACCGAUGGGCAACCAAUUUUAAGGGACUUGAGACUUACAAGAUGCGACCCUACAUCCGGUCUGACCCUGCAGGCACAGCCUCAAUCCGUCACGAAUACUUUCCCCUGACGUACAAAGCUCCAGCCUACGCCAGCGGCUAUUGGACGCGCCCUUACUUCCGGUGUGACGGUCACGUCGACGCCUGGGUCAUCACUUACGUCACCCCUUUCUUUGGCUACCGCUCCACACGUCGCAAAUUAGAAUUUAAGGGUGUGGUGACAGUGGACGUGCCCCUCGACCUUUUGGAGUUGAACCAGUGCCCUCAGUCGUUCGGGGUAGCCAACGCUUUUAAGAAUACGGCCCGGUGUAACACUGUUUCCACUAAGUGCAGCACACAGGUUGGGUUCCCUUUCCAGCUUGGAGCCUACCGUUGUGAUUGUCGGCAGGGGUUCGAGUACCAUCAUUUGGACGGAAAGUUUUGGAUAGAGGGCUUCCUGCUGGAAUCUGAGUACAAGAAGAAAGUGAGAGGUCUCUUCAGCAGAUUCGACGAGCUGGGAUGCAGGGUUUCUGCAUGUUCAGAAUUCUCACAUUCAGGACUGCUUCUGGCCACGGCCAUUCUGCUACUAAAGAUAGUACAGUAUAACCUCUGAUUACGGGUGCCUGUGAUUCCCAUCAAACCCAACCGUUCAUGUGGCAAAAUUAAAGGUGACUGGGAAAUAAGAGUACUAUCAGCUAGCAGCAGGAUUCAUCAGAUAUCU